UGCAAAGGAUUAAUUAUCUUCCCAAUUAAACGAACAACAAGUUGUGACACAUAUCACCAUGCUACCUCAGUCAUAUGCUAUGAUAACAACAAUAAUAAUUGUUCUUGCACAUACCCUUGUGGGGGUGAUUUCACUGCCAGAAGCUGAUAAGAUAAGCACUUUGCCGGGGCAGCCACUAGUCAAAUUUCAACAAUACUCUGGUUACAUUACAGUGGAUGAACAGCACCAAAGAGCUUUGUUUUACUACUUUGUUGAAGCUGAAGAAGACCCUGCAUCCAAGCCAAUAGUCCUAUGGUUGAAUGGAGGGCCUGGUUGUUCUUCUAUUGGAGUUGGAGCUUUUGCUGAGCAUGGCCCUUUCAAACCGGGUGACAAUAAUGUUCUUGUGAAAAAUGAUUAUAGUUGGAACAAAGAGGCAAAUGUGCUAUACUUGGAAUCACCAGCUGGUGUUGGAUUCUCUUACUCUAGCAAUAAAUCUUUCUAUGCUUUAGUGACAGAUGAAAUUACAGCUAGGGAUAAUCUUAUUUUCCUACAGCGUUGGUUCACUAAAUUCUCUGAGUAUUCAAAUAAUGAUUUCUUUAUUACAGGGGAGAGCUAUGGAGGUCACUAUGUUCCACAACUUGCACAGCUUAUUAUUCAAACCAAGACCAAAUUCAAUCUCAAGGGGAUAGCAAUAGGAAAUCCUCUUCUGGAGUUUAAUACAGACUUCAACUCUAGAUCUGAGUUCUUUUGGUCCCAUGGGUUGAUAUCAGAUUCAACUUACGAAGUCUUAACUAGGGUUUGCAACUAUUCCACAAUUAGGAGACAAAUUCAAAAUGGAAAUCUUGGAGGCGUUUGUGCAACAUCAAAUAAUCUAUUGUAUACUGAAGUUAGUAAAUAUAUUGAUGAAUAUGAUGUCACUCUUGAUGUGUGUUUGUCAUCAGUAAAUCAACAAGUUUAUGUGCUGAAUCAACUGGAAGAGACACAAAAGAUAGAUGUUUGUGUUGGUGAUGAAACAACCACAUACUUAAACAGGAAAGAAGUCCAAGAAGCUCUGCAUGCUAAUCUUGUUGGAGUCACUAAAUGGUCAACCUGCAGCGGAGUUCUUAAUUAUGAUUAUCAGAAUCUAGAGAUACCAACAAUUCCAAUUCUAGGGACACUAGUUAAAUCUGGCAUCAAGGUUCUAGUAUACAGUGGAGAUCAAGAUUCAGUCAUUCCAUUAACCGGUUCGCGAUCUCUAGUGAAUGGAUUAGCCAAGGAAAUUGGACUGAAUACAACUGUGUCCUAUAGAGCUUGGUUUGAGGAAAAACAGGUAGCAGGAUGGACACAAGUAUAUGGAGACAUCUUAUCAUAUGCCACCAUAAGAGGAGCAUCACAUGAAGCUCCCUUUUCUCAACCACAGAGAUCACUUGUGCUACUUAAAGCAUUUCUGGAAGGGAAGUCACUACCAAGUAUUGCAUAAAAUAUCAACAACUUCAAUAU